AUCAUAGUUUUCUCUCACAUACAUACGAUGGAAACUGUGCUAGUAAACAGUGAAAGCAAGGCGCAUGUGGUGUUCGUACCAUGUCCAGCACAAAGCCACAUCAAGUGUAUGCUGAAACUAGCAAGGCUACUGCACCUCAAGGGCAUACACAUAACCUUUGUAAACACUGAGAUCAACCACAAUCAUUUACUCAAGUCCGGAGGGCCACACUGUCUCGAUGAUGAACCUGGAUUCCAGUUCAAGACCAUUCCUGAUGGUAUUCCCGAUGAUUUACGAUGGGAUAGGCUUGAACUCUCUAAGUCUAUUCUAACCAACUUCUUGGGUUACUUUCUUGAUCUCGUGGCUAGACUAGAGAUUCCAGUUACUUGUAUUAUUGGUGAUGGUAUGACGCCUUUCACUGUUGAUGCUGCGGAGACGCUUAAAGUACCAACCAUGCAAUUUUGGACCUUCUCUGCUAGUGCUUUCUGGGGCUAUUACCAAGCUCCAAAUCUAAUUGAAAAAAAACUUAUUCCACUUAAAGAUGAAAGUUGCCUCACCAAUGGGUAUCUUGAGACUAUAAUAGAUUGGAUUCCAGGUUUGGAAGCAAUCCGUUUAAAGGAUCUUCCAGGUUAUGUUCGAACCACAGACCCAAAUGAUGUAGACUAUAAUUUUGUCAUUGAGUGUGCUAAAGCAACGAGGAAGAUCUCAAAUAUAAUCAUCCACACAUUUGAAGAUUUAGAGUCCACCGUCAUUAAAGCCCUCAACCCCAUAUUUCCUCACAUCUACACGAUCGGACCGCUGGAGUUGCUACUAAAACAUAUACAAAAUGAGCAAGAAACAAAGAAGUUGGACAAUAAAGGCUAUAGUUUAUGGAAGGAAGAACCUGAGUGCCUUAACUGGUUGCAAUCAAAGGAACCAAAUUCAGUAAUUUAUGUAAAUUUUGGUAGUCUAGCAGUGAUGUCUGCACAACAAUUGCUAGAGUUUGGUUGGGGAAUUGCUAAUAGCAACCAUUAUUUUCUUUGGAUCAUUAGGCCUAAUUUGGUUGUUGGAGAGUCUAUUGUCUUUCCUCAAGAACUCAAAGAGAUUAUUAAUAAGAAAGGGUUUAUCGCAAGUUGGUGUCCCCAGGAAGAAGUGUUGAACCACCCUUCAGUUGGUGGGUUCUUGACUCAUUGUGGGUGGGGUUCGACCAUUGAGAGCCUCACGGCUGGGGUCCCCAUGUUGUGCUGGCCUUUUUUAUGGGACCAACCAACAAUCUGUAGGCAAAUUUGCAAGGAAUGGAAAGUUGGCAUGGAAAUCGGAGAGACUGUGAAGAGAGAUGAAGUUGAGAAGCUCACAAAGGAGUUGAUUGGAGGAGAGAUGGGUAAACAAAUGAGGAUCCAGGCUAUGGAGUGGAAGAAAAAGAUUGAAAUUGCGACAAGUCCUAAUGGCUCAUCUUUCUUGAAUGUCGAGAAACUUGCAAAUGACAUUCAUAUGUUUUCAACCAACUAGCUAGGAUUUCAUAUGUUCUUUUGGUUCUCAAGAAUGUUGUUAAAGGUCCAUCUUUAAGGGGCCAGGGAGGCCAUGGCCUCCCAACUUUUUAGCCUACUAAUACCUGUUGUAUACAUAGCCAAAGACAGGAGUUCAUUAAGAAAAGCCAGUUGUGUGUCUUGUCUCUUUUACUCUUCAUC